UACAGUUUAGCGCUUUCGUUUUGUUGUCACGUUGUUAUCAUAAAUUUCGUUUUUGUUUCAACUUCUUUUUAUGAAAAUGAGUGAAGUAUUUCGCUGUAUAUUUGGUCCUCGUUUGUAUAGAACAUUUUUGGAUAAUGGCAGACAGUACCGGUUUUAUGAGCCCCAAACUUCGGAAAGAUGUGCAGAUAGAGUCCUUGAUGUGGUAAAAUAAUGUUUUGGCUUCCUACAUGUAUUCUCUAUCUUUCAUUGCCUCUCCUGUCAUUGGAUAUUUCAUGAUAAACAGAGGAUUGCUCUCCUUGGCUGGUGCUCAAAGUCUUGCUAAAUUUGGGAUAACGUGUUUCAUUAUACUGGCUAGUUCAUAUUGUUUUAGAGGUUAUGGACGUUUUACAAAUGCUGAAUAUAAAAAAUUUUUGAAGAUUUUACUGAAUACUAAGAAACCAGAAUCAAAACAUACUGCUCGACAACAACUGGCUCUCUAUGACUUUGAAUUUUCUUCUUGGCCCGUAGACUUUUACUGGAAUGAAACAGAGGAUACUCUAGACAGAAAGAAGUUUAAUAACAUCUAUAAUAACUCUGAUGGAUCAUUUAAUUUAUUUCAAUAUAUUUUUACUUUACCUCUGAAAAUAGCCAGAUAUGUUGUGGCUCAUUAUUUUGCGCGACCUCUUAUCUACCCUGGUUCAAUAAAAAUGCUUCAAAAUGCCAUGGCACCAGCAUUGAACGAUGGAAGAUCCAAAUUAAUUGCAAAGGGUGGAUGGAGAGCAAAGCUAAAAGCUGAAGAUGGUAAUGAAAUUGAUUCAAUGUUCAUUGAUAAUCGAUCAAAUGAUCAUGGAAAUGGUCAAAUACUGGUAAUUGGUUGUGAAGGAAAUGCUGCUUUCUAUGAAGUAGGAACGAUAGAAACUCCACUUAAUGAUGGAUAUUCUGUUCUUGGUUGGAAUCAUCCUGGUUUUGCUGGCAGCAGUGGUUUACCUUAUCCUAUUGCAGAACAAAAUGCUAUUGAUGUUGUUAUGAAAUAUGCCAUGAAUAGACUUGGAUUUCCUGUUGAAAAUAUUGUAUUAUUUGCUUGGUCCAUUGGUGGCUAUUCUUCAUCUUGGCUGGCAAUGAUGUAUCCUGAUGUGAAAGCUCUGAUACUUGAUGCAACAUUUGACAGAAUAACUCCGCUAGCUGUUGAAAGAAUGCCUGAGAUAAUGACAUCAUUUACACAAAGUGUCGUGCACGACUACUUUCCUCUAUACAAUGACGAACAUGUUAAAAGAUAUUCGGGACCAAUCCUCCUGUAUCGUCGAACAAGAGAUGAAAUUAUCUCCACUGUUCCUUAUGACAUCAAAACUAAUCGUGGAAAUUUUUUAUUAGUGGAAUUAUUAAAAUCAAGAUAUCCUAAUCUGAUUAGCGAAUCUACAAUUGAGAAGCUGAGCAUGUUUUUAUCAGCUGAAAAUAUAAUAGCUAAACAGGCUAUUAUUGCAACUCUGGAAAUUAAUUACAAGAAUUGUGAAAUGUUGAUGAAAAGUUACCAGGAAGAAAAUGGAAAGCAGUUUCCUUGCUUUAUUGGAGAAAAUUAUCAUGAUGACGAUAAAAAGAAAAUGUUGAUAUUUUUGGCAUCUCGCUAUAUGAUUGAUGUAGAUGUCACGCAUUGUACGCCUUUACCUAAAGGAACAUUUCAGAUUCCUGGGGUUGUAUAAAACAUUUUUUGUUUAUCUUUUAUGAAUAGUUUGAUAGUAACCUGUGAAAUGACGCGUUUUUAUCUGAUUGAAUAUUUAAUCGUGGAAACCAAUCAAAAUCAUUUGAAUGUUGGCUCACGCUGCCUUAUUUAAUCGUCGUCGUUUUUUUAGAAAUUUAUGAUGUAAAAGUAUAAUUUCAAACACGUGCAUCUUGACGGUAAAAUUAUGACAAUUUACGUUUGUUUUUACCGUCAUGUAUUUACGAA